AUGGAUGCAAGGCCGUCCCGCCCAGACCGGCCGUAUCAGCGCACAUACAAGGCCUGCAUUCCUUGUCGGCAACGCAAGGCUAAGUGCGAUUUAGGUACCGGCCCAGAUGGGUUACCGAUCGGCCCACCCUGUGCUCGAUGUCGCAGAGAAAUGAGGGAUUGCGUAUUCCCUGAGAAGCGGGCCUGGGAGAGGUCCCGCAAGCGUGGUCGAUCAAUAGACGCCGAAGAUCAAAUAUCUCCAGGAACAGAGCAGAUACUUCCUGAAGCGAUCUCAGAUGCAUCCAGAAAAAGAUUUGCACAUUCAGAUCAGUCACCCUCGCAGUAUCCGGGUUCAAGUCCCUUUCAACCUGGCUGGCCUCCCAGUAAUACACGUUCUGCAUCCCUUCAACACAACCAGAGUCCUCGUAUCGGUAUCAGCCCAAGGACUACAGCGGACAUCCUAAGCCAUGGAAAUCAUGCAUCGCCAUAUGCUAGCAAAGAUCAUCGGCACCUGUCCAAUUCAAGUUUGACGAACUCCAUGAUGCGAACAGUCGUUGCGAGUGGAAAUGAUGCCUUGAAUAUUCUAUUCGAGGCAGCCACAGCGCAAAACCAAGAGGAUAAUGCGCUGCAUGAACCCAGCCCAUCAGGUGGCGAUAAUUCGAAGAAUGGAUAUUCGAGUAUGAAGGAAAGACAUACAUCACGCAACUAUGAAAGUCCAAUACCUUUCGAGCCUGUUCCGCGUACCGCACAUCCAGUAGACCUAGCUGAAACAAGGCAAAGUACUCUGGACAUAUGGGAAGCAUGUCGCUUUGUCAGAAUGGGAUGGUUCACAGCUCGAGAGGCAGUGACCUUCAUUGACCUCUUCUUCAAAAACAUGUCAUGUUUAUCUCCCAUUCUCACUGACUUUUAUUCCGAUCAUCAAAACCAUUACUCUCUUAUCACCCGCGAGCCAGUUCUUUGCUGUACAAUCCUCAUGAUCUCUUCUCGCUAUCAUAUUUUGCCAGGAGCUGGUGGCGAGUCGCGGAAUUUUUUCAUUCACCACCGACUCUGGCAACAUUGUCAGCAGUUGACGAUGCGACUAAUCUUUGGACAAGAAAAGUCAACCAAGUCCAAGGUUAGAAGUCUCGGUACCGUUGAGGCAUUGUUGUUGAUGGCAGAGUGGCACCCCCGGUCAUUGCACUUUCCACCCGAGACUGAUGGCUGGGAUGAUGAUUUGAUUUCUACGCCACAGAAAGUCUCAGGUUCUAAAGAUUCCAGUGACCGAUCUGCGAAUAGAUGGUUAGAGGAUAUGAUUGAACCAUCAAGAAGGUCUGACCAGAUGUCGUGGAUGCUAUUGGGCUGUGCGCUCUCUCUUGCACACGAAUUAGGCAUUUUUGAGACAGAGGAAAACGAGUCUACAGACGAUGAUGUACAAUGGAGAGAGCAAAUGGCUCUGAGGCGCCAGCGAGUCCAACGAUUGCUAUAUGUCUAUAUCAACCAGCUGGCCUGGCGCAUUGGGUGCAUGUCACCCAUUCCUCAAUCGCUCAAUCAUGCCGUUUUAGGCGGACGUAAGCCUCGAGGCUUAAGUCAACCUGGAAGUACCUGGCUAGUUUUUAUGGACUCCUGGAUCGAACUGACAAAGUUGGCACAAUCGGUAACGGAUAUGUUCUUUCCAUCAGCUAAAUUUGCACGCCAACAACUACACAGUGGUCGUUAUGUUGGACUGCUCGACCAUUUCCGACCUUUACUCAAUCAGUGGAAAGACAAAUAUUUGCAGCCGCAGAUGCUGGACAAUUUCUUCUAUAAUGAUCUUUUUAUCGAAUAUCACUUUGUCCGUGUGUACACACAUUCGGUUGGUAUGCAAGCUGUUGUCGAGCGUGCCAUCGCAGAUGCUGACCCAAACUUCGAUGAUAUGCGCCCGAUGACUAUUGAUCCAACUGAUUAUGAGUACAUUCAAGAGGUCAUUGACGGCUGUUGUCAAAUACUGCGCAAAGUUGUCCACCUUGCCGAGACAGGGGCAUUGCGAUUCUCACCAGUUCGCAUUGUCCUGCGCAUCACAAGUGCCUCGAUCUUUCUAAUGAAGGCUCUCAGUCUAGGAACUAGAGAAGCAACAUUGAGAGAGUCUCUCGAAGUGCUUGAGAAAAGCAUCAGUGCUCUCAAAUCCAAUGCACUGGAUGAUGUUCAUCUCAGCACUCGCUACGCCACGCUUUUGGAUAUGCAUGUCGCUCGUUUGCGCCAUCAUCUGUUGGCAUCCUCUCGAGCAAUCAAAACCAGUAGAGGUCCUCCUCGUCGGUCAUCCAUGGGCCCUCCUGGUUGGCCUGAUGCAGGCGACCGCACCAAUGAAAUCAAUACUCCGGUAUCACAAGACCUACCAUCCGACCUAGGCUUCAUGCCAUCCAUAAAUGACAUGUCAGAUGACUGGCUCUCUUUGCCUUUUGAUCCCUCAAUGGCACCAUUCGGAAUGAGUAAUAGUGCCCAAUUCCCCAUGUGUGAAGGGGGUGCUUUAGAUUUCAUCUGGAAUCUUCCAACUUGA